AUGUCGUCGUCGGGUUACUACUACUAUACUUGCCAGCGAUGCCCGUUAACCAAUCAUCGCAAUCACCGAGUCCUGAAGCGUCAGCGAGUAGCACACCAAGCGGAAAUAGCGACUUUCAAGGAGCGACAGAACACCCCUGACGCUGUGCUUGAGCCCACGCGCGACUCAGAGAAGAUUGAUCCCGCGCAUCAUGUUCCGUUCCUCAUGCCUGUCAACGAAGUGGACGAGCUGGUCUCACGUUUGGAUGGCAUUCAAGUCACUACAGACGCGCCCGCAUGUCCUGCAGAUAUCGAGGUCGAAAGACUGGCCAGCCUUCUCACUGGGUUGGUCGUCAUGGAUGAUGGUGUACAUCCCUCUCACCAAACACACUCGAAAUUGUUCAGCUCUCGGGACGAUUUCCAGGCUGCUGUACCUGACGUCCCCACGGACUUCCUGCCCGUUUCAUCCACAGAAGCUUUCUCCGGUGUUGAAGCUGUCCUGCAGAUGCCAACGCAAGCGUUGCUGCUCCGUCCAUCCGCAAUCCAAGCUCAAGAAACCAAUGUGACUCUACUACAAGAGAUGCUACAACGACUCCGGGCUGCUCAUGCUCAACUGGAUCUCCAGCACGCACUCGAUGCAAGCCCCAAUACUAUUGGUGCGCUGGCAAGCGCUGUCGAUACUGCAAGCUCGGUCGUUCUUGAGGCGGGUCGUCUUCUCUCCAGCAUCAAGCUUACCGGCAAUGAACGGCCUCGUAAGUCCCCCAGGAACAAGUCUCGCGUGGAGGGUGACAGCAAUGAGGCGUUGGCACAGAUGGUCCGAGAAGAGGCCACCACGCUCGACUCGCUUAUUGAUGUUGUGGGACGCCUCCUUCCCCCAGAAACAGAUGAAGUCAAGCACGAUACCGAGCAUCACUUCGUCAAUCCGAUUGCCAAAUACAAUGUCAUCGCUCAGCUUUCAAUCCUGCUGGCCCUCAUCUGCCAUGUCGUUGUCGGAAUUAGCAGCGAACCUGUCAAUCUUAUCAUCGCUUUUGGAAAGCUGCGUCCCAUCAAGCCAUUCGUAUUCACUUCGUUUAUCGACUACAUCGCUGCCAUGCUAACCGAUCCCGAAGUUGAACGAAUGUGCGAGAAAGCCUGUGAUGACGUGUUUGCAGCUGUGCGCGAAGCUAUGUCACAGAACGCUGAUGCGUCUUUGGCGGAGGAGCACGUCAAUAAUGUGUUCGAGGCGGCGUUUCUGCGCAGCUUCGCAGGCCCUGUCCCUGGCAAGCUGUUCAUACAGCGGGACGGUCGCCUGCGGCUCGCGUUUCAGGUCAUGCUUGACUUCUUCAAUCCCAAUGGGACCAGAAAACAAGGCAAUCAUAACUCUAUUGGGCUUCUCGCCGUCGUCAACCUCAAUCUGAGCGAGGACAUUCGCUAUCGUCCCGAAAAUAUGUGGCUGAGUAUCAUCCUCGGUCCCAGCGAGCCUGGCCACGACCAAAUCGACAAUUACUUCCAUCCUCUGAUUGACAAGUUUGUCAUAGGAUGGGAGCGAGGUUAUCGGUUUUCCCGUACUGCGCUCCAUGCCGCAGGUCGUAGCGUAGAUCUCGCUCUCGUCAUGAAUGUCAACGACUUACCUGCGACACGAAAGGCUCAAGGCAUGGCGGCCCAUAACUCACACCAGUAUUGCUCGAUCUACGAAGCUGACGCCGACAAUGAGCAACAGGAUGACGAUCAAGAUGUUGAGAUGAUCGACGCUCCUGACCCUCGAUUUGUCCCAGCAGUCACCGAAGAAGAGAUGCACCAGCAGCUCAUGAAGGUCAAUCUUCAGCCGCUCCGCUGGGUUGUUUCUUCACUUGGUCUUGAUACGGAUGCGAGCCGCAUAGCGUCCAAGAAAGUCUGCUGUGAUCAACUCCUAGCUUGGGUGAGCACUUGUCUCGCCUCCUUCCAGAAUAGUCACUAA